AUGCAAGAUACGACGAGUAACGAGCAUACGAAGACCCCGGAAAAAACACAAACUGGAAAUAGCAAGGAGCAACCACCAGCUGCAAUACCCAGUUCAGACAGGUAUUCACAUCCCUACAUCAAGCAGGAGCAACGAGACUCCCAACUUGCUCAAACGUACAAUAAUGGUUUAAUUACCUACGCGUACCCUCCAAUGAACUACUCGGGAAAUGGUCCACCGAUGCAAAACACGCAACCUAGACAACCACCACCAGCUCUGAAUCCACCGAUGCAGAUGAUCCCACCAGGAUUACCACCGCCACGACCACCACCAGCUGGCAACUAG